AUGGCUGUGGUGGCCGCAAAAGGCGGCCAGAGGGCCAGUAAGCGGGGUCCCGGUCUAGCCCGAAGUGACCAAGCCAAAAGCGAGUCGUCUUCGGGGCCGCAUGACGUUGCCGUCACUGUUUCUCUGAUACGGGUGGUGAGAGGACGCCAGCAGUUUGAGUCGGGGUGCAAGUCGGUCGCGAGGGCAACUGGAGUUGGCGAUGGAAUGGAUCCAGAAGGUGACCGCCGUUGGGCUGCAGGUGGUUGA